AUGCCACGUAAGCUACGUAAGAAUAUACGUAAGAGGAAGGGAGCAUUGAAACAUCCAAUAGUAAAACUGACACCACAACAACAGUUGCAACAACAAAUGAUGAAUGACCCCACUAUGUUGCAACAAAUGUCAAGCAACCCUAUGCUUUUAAACCGAGUUAUUGGUGCACAGAGUGGAGGUUUAAGAGCGGCACUUUUAGCGAAAAUGGCAGGCUAUGGUGGAGCUGCAGACGGAACAGCUUAUAACCCUCAAAGUCAAAUGAAUUUGAGUUCACUCAAAAAUCAAAUAACAGAUGUCAAAAAGUCAAACAUAGACAUACAGAAACAAAUAAGUGAAAACGAAAAGAAACUAGAAUAUGACAGACACACAAAGAAACUCAAUGA